AGAGAAAAGGAGACCUUAGGAGAAAGGAUGAAUCAUUUUUCCUUCAACCAAGCUUUCCAGCGCCUGCAAGAUUUUGUAGCAAUUCAAAGAAUAUUCAGUCUAGGAGAGCCUGAGAGUGUAGAAUCAAAAGGAAAGAGUCCUGAAGUGGCGAAGCGUUUGGAUCAGAAGGGAGCAAACUUUUGUACCCGGACCACACAUGAUGAUAAUGCCAUAACAAAUGCAAUUGAAAUAUAUGACAACUUGAGUGGCGCAACUCAUAUUAUUGCUUCCAAUAAUGUUUGUGGUGUGAGAGAAUAUGACACAGAAAGGUUUCGGCUUUUGAAUAACUUCCAGUUCUCUUGGCCAGUGAAUGUAAGUACCUCUAAGAGAAAUCUGACUUAUGCAGUAUAUUUUUUAUUUUAUUUUAAUGAUAUUUUUCACUAUUGUAGAAAAGUUAAAACAUGAUACCUGGUGUGAAUAUUUUUUUGAAACUGAUGGGGAUUCCUGGACUUACCCUCUAAAGAGUCAUCUAAUACCAGUAAUGUCAUAUAGUUUAAUAGCCCACAUCGAAUACAAUUUAUAUACGUCUUGAAGAAGUGUCACAUGAUCAUGAAACCACUACCAAUCAAACA